GCAUAUUUUUCACCAACAAAUUACCAAAUAUCACAUAACACCUUCAAUCAAUCUCUAGAUCUUGAAAUGAACCGUAAAGGUACUAUUGUAGCAACAAAGGCGUCCCAGUUGCUAUUAACGCAACUACGGACACGUUUGUUUUCCACUACAAGUUUUACAGGUUCAGUCAUUACUGAACCUUUUAACGUUCCCAUGAGUUCAACCAUGGGGACCACUAGGCUUUUGACCAUGCCUGCUCGAAACUACAGCACGCAUGUGUCUUCAGGCUCCAGCAAAGACAAGAAAGAAGAUAACGAUACAAAAGCGGUUUCAAGCUAUUGGGGCGUGGCUCCUCCCACGCUCACCAAGUCUGACGGGUCUGCUUGGAAAUGGAACUGUUUUCGGCCAUGGGAAGCUUAUCAAGCAGAUACAACAAUUGAUGUUAAGAAGCACCACAAUCCAGUCACUUGGAAUGAUAAAAUUGCGUUUUGGAUCGUUCAAGCACUCAAGUAUCCCACCUAUUUAUAUUUUCAGAAAAAACACAUACACCACGCGGUUCUACUAGAAACAGUCGCUGCGGUACCCGGAAUGGUCGGAGGGAUGUUGCUGCACACGAAAUCACUUCGUCGAUUCGAGCAAAGCGGUGGGUGGAUCAAAGCCCUACUAGAAGAAGCCGAAAAUGAGCGAAUGCAUCUCAUGACCUUCAUGGAUGUAUACGAACCAAAAUGGCAUGAACGCGCCUUGGUCUUUGCAGUCCAAGGCGUGUUCUUCAACGCGUAUUUCCUAGCCUAUUUGGCAUCACCAAAGCUCGCUCACCGGAUCACCGGCUACCUCGAGGAGGAGGCCGUGAACUCGUAUACCGAGUUCCUAAACGACCUCGAAAGGGGGGUGAUGGAAGAUGUUCCAGCACCCGCCAUCGCCAUUGAUUAUUGGUGCUUACCGAAGAACUCGACACUGAAAGAUGUUGUUAGGGUUAUACGUGCGGACGAAGCACAUCACCGCGAUCUUAACCAUUAUGCUUCGGACAUUCAUUGUCAAGGACAUGAGCUAAAGGAGUACCCUGCUCCUAUUGGAUAUCACUAAAUUAAAAUAUUGCGCUUGGUUGCUACAUAGUUAUUCGAUGAUUUGAAUUAUGUGGAAUAUGAUUUCUAUAUAGUUGUUCAUAUGAUUGUAUUAUAGAAGUCGCAUGAUUUUUUUUUAAUAUUAUUGUAAACAUGUACGUGUAAUGCAUUUAUUUAUUUAUACAAUGAUCCUUAAGGGUAAGUUACAUUUUUGGUCAUUUAUGUUUACAUUUUUGGUCAUUUAUGUUUGUAUCUGAUUACAAUAGAUAUCCUUUAACUU